AUGGUGUUCGCGUCCGGGUCCGGCGCCGGCGGCGGGCCGCAGGUGCUGACGGCGCGGUUCGUGCGGCAGGUGGUGCUGGGCCGUUGGUUCAUGGUGUUCGCGUGCCUGCUCAUCCUGUCGGCGUCCGGGGCGACGUACAUCUUCAGCAUCUACUCCAAGGUGCUCAAGUCGUCGCUGGGGUACGACCAGCGCACGCUCAACACGCUCUCCUUCUUCAAGGACCUGGGCGCCAACGUGGGCGUCAUCUCGGGGCUCAUCAACGAGGUCACGCCGCCGUGGGUGGUGCUCGCCAUGGGCGCCGCCAUGAACCUGGCGGGCUACCUCAUGAUCUACCUCGCCAUCGACGGGCGCACCGCCAGGCCCCCCGUCUGGCUCAUGUGCAUCUACAUCUGCGUGGGGUCCAACUCCCAGUCCUUCGCCAACACCGGCGCGCUCGUCACCUGCGUCAAGAACUUCCCGGAGAGCCGUGGCGUCGUGCUCGGCCUGCUCAAGGGAUUCGUCGGACUCAGCGGCGCCAUCUUCACGCAGCUCUACCAAGCCAUCUACGGCGACGACGCCAAGUCGCUCGUGCUGCUCAUUGCCUGGCUCCCCGCCGCCAUCUCCGUCCUCUUCGUCCACACCGUCCGCAUCAUGCCGUACCCGCGCGCCAGCCGACGCCGUGGACCAUCGGCGGCCACCAGCAACGACGCCUUCUUCUGCUUCCUAUACAUCUCCAUCGCGCUCGCGGCCUACCUCCUCAUCAUGAUCGUGGUGCAGAGGCAGGUCAACUUCUCGCACGCCGCCUUCGCGAUCUCGUCCGCCGCGCUGCUCCUCAUCCUGUUCCUGCCGCUCGCCGUCGUCGUCAAGCAGGAGUACAAGAUCCAGAAGGAGCUCGAGGAGUCCCUCCGCGAGCCCCCCACGGUGACCGUGGAGAAACCAGCUGCCGCAGCCUCGCUGCAGAUGGCGGCAGCAGCACCUCAGACUCAGAGCAUCACGGCAGGAACAGAGGCCGCCGAGCCGUCGUCGUCCGGGGAGAGGCCGUCGUCCAGCUCCAGCAGCUGCCUGGGGUCUUGCCUUCGGCACAUGUUCAGCCCGCCGGCGCAGGGGGAGGACUACACCAUCCUGCAGGCGCUGGUGAGCGUGGACAUGCUGGUGCUGUUCCUGGCCACCAUCUGCGGCGUGGGCGGCACGCUGACGGCGAUCGACAACAUGGGGCAGAUCGGGCAGUCGCUGGGCUACCCGUCCAAGAGCAUCAACACCUUCGUCUCCCUCAUCAGCAUCUGGAACUACGCCGGGCGCGUCACCGCCGGGUUCGCGUCGGAGGUGUUCCUGGCGCGGUACAAGUUCCCGCGUCCGCUGAUGCUCACGCUGGUGCUCCUGCUCUCCUGCGUCGGCCACCUCCUGAUCGCCUUCGGCGUGCCGCAGUCGCUCUACGUGUCCUCCGUCGUGAUCGGCUUCUGCUUCGGCGCGCAGUGGCCGCUGCUGUUCGCCAUCAUCUCCGAGGUGUUCGGGCUCAAGUACUACUCCACGCUCUACAACUUCGGGUCCGUGGCCAGCCCCAUCGGCGCCUACGUGCUCAACGUCCGCGUCGCGGGGGCGCUCUACGACGCCGAGGCCGCCAAGCAGCAUGGCGGGUCCCUGGCGGGCGCCGGCGACAAGACCUGCAUCGGCGUGGAGUGCUUCCGCAAGUCGUUCCUCAUCAUCACGGCCGCCACCGUCGCCGGCGCGCUCGUGUCGCUGGUGCUGGUGUGGCGGACCUGGAACUUCUACAAGGGCGACAUCUACGCCAAGUUCAGGGAAGGCGCCGACGCCGAGGAGGAGGCGGAGGCGGAGGAUCUGAAGCGGCCCAACGAGACGACAGAGGCGGAGAUCGGGUCAACGGAGGUUAACGGGAGGAAGCGGUAG